AUGUCAUCGCCUCUACCUCCAGAUCCCUAUGCUGCCUUGGGAGUGGCCAAAGAUGUGGAAUUUUCGGCAAUACGCUCCGCCUACCGGAAGCUCGCCCUACUGCACCACCCCGAUCGAAUAAAGGACGAGGCUCUACGAGAAAAGGGAAAGGAUGAAUUCCAGAAGAUUCAACGAGCAUGGGAAUUGUUAGGAGAUGCGGAGAAACGCCAACGUUAUGAUGAUCGUGUCCGGCUAGCAGAACUUCGCAAAGAAUCCAUGAUGAGGGAUUCGCCACAGAGAGCUGCUUCCACGGCAAAUUACUCCACGAGAUCUCCUGCUGCACCCUCUGCACAUACUCCUCACACAAGUAAUGCUCGCGAAUACCGAGAAGAUGGAAACUUUUUCGAAGAAGUUCGACAACCCAGAAAUGUACCUACCUAUGACGAACCCUAUGCCUACGAUGAACCUUCGAGGUCAAACUCUCGCAAAUAUCCCGAGUACGAAAAACGGGCUCCUGCACCAAAGACCGAGAAGAAACCAAAAACUACCACGUCUUUUGCCGCCGCUGGUCUUGCAGCUCAAUUUGCCUCCACUUUGAGGUCCAAAGCGGCCGAGAGAACAAAAUCUAGCAAAGCUGAGGAAAAGAAAUCAGAUCGAGAGAAGAAGCGAGAACGAACGGAAAAAGUCCAGACAAGAAGAUCUCCAUACGUCGAUGAUUAUUCUAGUGACUCUGAUCACACCCAAGUCAGACCCUCGAUGAGACCUUCUUCUCGUUCAAAGACGACAUCCGAUUAUCCCCGUACUACAUCAACCAAGUCUGAGAAGCCUCACGAUCUGGAUGAAGAGAGUUUUGAUGGAAAGUGGGAGAGACACCACGAUGACGUCAAAGCAUAUAUCAGCAAAGCUUCAAAUCGCCCAGGCAUGGAGAGAACCAGUUCUGAUGCAUACCAAUACUGGGCAGGUGCCGACCCAAAGGGCCGGAAAAGCGGUAGCGACAGCGAAAAGCGACCGAGCUCCUCCAAAGGUCGUCGGACUCAGGAGGAUUACUUCCCCCCUUCCCUUGGUAAAUCCACCUCAUCUCCCAACAAUUUGCGAGCUCAUGUCGAAGAGCGAGCCCCUCCAAGAUCGACAGUGGGAGUUUCUCGUGAUCGGGAUCGAGAGCGCGACCGUGGUCGUGGUCGGGAACAUGAUAGGGAUCGGGAACACCGAAAAGUUAUUCCCCCCAUGACACGUUCGCAUACUACCCCCGUCCCCAGGUCAAGCUCCAAGAAAGAUUCAGCACCCUCAAAGGGCUCCAACUUGAAACACUCAGAAGCUCACGUCCACGACUCAAGCUAUAGUAGUAGCUCAAGCCCUCAGACCCCAGAAAUGAGGGAACAGAGUCCACCACGUACAUCUAAAGGUCGCUAUGCUAGCACUACAUCAACCAAGUAUCAGAUCGUCGAUCCUGAGAUCGUUGAUGAUGACGGCGCACGAGCACCCAGGAUCACAAAAAUCCACCCAGACCCCGAACGCUAUGCCCGUUAUCACAGUCCAGAGCCUAUCUCUAGAGAUCCCUAUACUCGUGAAACAGAUCGCCGAAGUCGGGAUAAGCCUGAGCGUCCUAAAGUUGAUACCAGUCGUACAAAAUCUUCCCGGGGCGCAUCUAUGAUGGCAGAAAUGGCUGCUGGUGGACCUCCACCUAUCAGACGUGGCGAUUCUGGUCAUCAUACUGAUAGUCGAGCUUCACCACGUUCGCCACGUGAUACGCCUCCUCUUUCACGACACGACAGUGGUCGAAACAAGCUGUACAUGGAAGUUCCGCCAGAUGAUCGUUAUACCAGAUCCUACUCUGGAGAGAAGAUCAACAUGGCGCCUCGCCGAGACCCUUCAGCAGCCAAGUACGCAGAGAUGCGCGAGGCUGAAUACAGUUCUCGUUUCCCGGAGCCAAUACGAGCCAGAAGACCUUCAGUAUAUUGA